CGCGCGCAGCGAUUUUGUGCGGCUAAUGGCGCGCGCCCUGCCUCGUGGGGCCUCCGCCCUCUCGCUCCGCGCCCUCGCGUCACUGAGGCCACUUGGCUUGGCUCCUCCCCUUUUCCUGGACGGCCCCCCCAAUAAUACCGCCCCCUCCCCCAUCGGAGGCUGGUCCCGCCCGUUAUGCCCGCCUCCGGCUGGUUCCCCGCGCGUUCCACCCUUCCCGGCCCCACUUUGCUCGGUUCGUGGUCUGGACGCUCUGAUCAGGGGCUGGAGCUGAGAUCCCCCCGCUUCGCUGGGACCCCCCCCCCCCCCGCCUUCGUUCAGCUCUCGCUCGGGACCAUGACCUCUGAGGUGGCGCGGCACCUGCUCUUUCAGUCUCACAUGCCAACAAAAACAACCUGUCUGUCCUUACAAGUAUCUGAAGAUGAACAGAAACAAAAAAAAGAAAAUAUUCGUUCUUUAACUAUGUCUGGCCAUGUUGGUUUUGAGAGUUUGCCUGAUCAGCUGGUCAAUAGAUCCAUUCAGCAAGGCUUCUGUUUUAAUAUUCUCUGUGUGGGGGAGACUGGAAUUGGAAAAUCAACGCUGAUUGACACAUUGUUUAAUACUAAUUUUGAAGACCAUGAAUCCUCACAUUUUUACCCACAUGUUAAACUUAAAGCUCAGACAUAUGAACUCCACGAAAGUAAUGUUCGAUUGAAAUUGACCAUUGUGAAUACAGUAGGAUUUGGUGACCAAAUAAACAAAGAAGAGAGCUACCAACCAAUAGUUGACUACAUAGAUGCUCAGUUUGAGGCCUAUCUCCAAGAGGAGCUGAAGAUCAAGCGCUCUCUCUUUAGCUACCACGAUUCUCGCAUCCACGUGUGUCUCUACUUCAUCUCCCCGACAGGUCACUCUCUGAAGACACUAGAUCUCUUAACAAUGAAGAGCCUUGACAGCAAGGUGAACAUUAUACCAGUGAUUGCCAAAGCAGAUGCAAUUUCUAAAGCUGAAUUACAGAAGUUUAAGAUCAAGCUCAUGAGUGAAUUGGUUAGCAACGGUGUCCAGAUAUAUCAGUUUCCAACAGACGAUGAAACUAUUGCUAAAAUCAAUGCUUCAAUGAAUGGACAUUUGCCAUUUGCUGUUGUAGGAAGUAUGGAUGAGGUAAAAGUUGGAAAUAAGAUGGUCAAAGCUCGCCAGUACCCGUGGGGUGUUGUACAAGUGGAAAAUGAAAACCACUGUGAUUUUGUAAAGCUCCGGGAAAUGCUCAUUUGUACAAACAUGGAAGAUCUGCGAGAACAGACCCACACUAGGCAUUAUGAACUUUACAGGCGUUGCAAACUGGAGGAAAUGGGCUUUACAGAUGUGGGCCCAGAGAAUAAGCCGCUCAGUCUUCAAGAAACCUAUGAAGCUAAAAGACAUGAAUUUUAUGGAGAACGUCAGAGGAAGGAAGAAGAAAUGAAGCAGAUGUUUGUGCAGCGAGUAAAGGAGAAAGAAGCCAUACUGAAAGAAGCUGAAAGAGAGCUACAGGCCAAAUUUGAGCACCUUAAAAGAGUUCAUCAAGAAGAGAGAAUGAAGCUUGAAGAGAAAAGAAGAUUCUUGGAAGAAGAAAUAAUAGCUUUCUCAAAAAAGAAAGCUACGUCGGAGAUAUACCAGAACCAGUCCUACCUGGCAUCAGGCAGCAACCUGAAGAAGGACAAGGACCGUAAGAACUCCAAUUUUAUGUAAAACAAAGGUUCCAGAUCACAGAAGGUCAUCACAAGCAAAAGUUAUUAAAAUGUUAGAAGUAUGCUUUGAUUUUCUUGCUGUUUUUAUUUGCUGUAUCAGUUAUUCUAUAUCUGGCAAAUGGCUAUAGUUAUUGCCAUUUAUGGAAGACAUUCUUAAGUAUAAGGUUAAUGCAUAAACCACAGUGUAUGAUAUCACUUUUAUAUUCGCUGUUAGAAGUUUUCAAGUUGCUGGUUUGUGAGGAAUCUAAAUCAUUUCUCCUGUUACCCAUUUAUUGUCACUUACAUGCAUUGUACCACAAAGUGUCAGUGCCCCUGAAAACACAGAAGUCAUUCAUUAUAUGGUUAUCUGAUUGCAUUUAUAUUUCUAAGAUGAACUCCUUUUUUUGUACAUAAAAAAGGUAAAUUUUGGGAAAUGUGUUUUAAAACAUAUUACCCACCUGAAGCUCUAACCUCUUGAUAGUUUUAUAGAACUUCUUAAUUUUUGAUAUCAUUAUCCAGUUGGUAACAUGAUCCUAAGAUUUGUAUCAGAUUAUGUAACAUGGCCUUCCAUGCUUCAGUGUGCCUUACUAUCGUUGAUGUUUUGUGAUGAAACAAGUUGUGUUUUAAGGUAAAAACAUGUAGGUAUAAAUCCCUUUUCUAGUGAUGAGUACCUUUGAACCUGAGGUAGGUAUUGCCACUCUAUUUCAUUAGAAUGUUUUACAUACUUAUUGUUUAAAACUCUGUCUUCCAGGGGAAAAAUCAUAAGGUAGAAUCAUCUUAUUACAAAUAUUUUUUAAGACCAUAAUUGUGAGCAACUGAAUAUUAAAGAUAUGAAAACUUAGGUAAUUCAUAUAUAAAGGGAUAUUUGGAUUCAGUGCCUUUGUAGUAUUCUUAGGACAAUUUAAUGUCUUUUAACUUUUUCUUAACAGUCACUGGUAUAUAAUUUUUCAUUUUUUUACUUGAAUAUCCUAAAUAAAAUUGACAUUUACUCUUGAUAAAUAAAAUAUGUAUCUACAUAUUUACUAAAAUGUGGUUAAAUUACUUUAUCUUUUCUUUUUGCAAACUGUCAUCUUAAACAUUAUCAAAAUUCUUUCAUUUAAUCAUGUUCUUGAAUUAUUUUAAGACAGAGGUAUAUAUUACCAGUAUUGUUCAGAAAUCAAAAUGUUUUACUUAGCCAGUGUUGGAUUCUGAGCAGUGUGUUUUUUCAUGAAGUUGUAAAAGUUGUGAAUGAAACCUUUCAUUUCAUUUCAUUCACAAUUUAUCUGGACAAACACCUUAAAUUCCAGUUUUACAUUCACAAAUGUAAAUUCUACAAAUGUCUCUUAGCCUUUUAAAACUUUAGUAAAGUAAGUUAUAAGUAUCACAGAAAAAGCUCUGAACUUUCUUCUCUUGAUCAGUAAUCCCCAAGUUCUGGAAUGUGGGAGCACAAGAGCCCAUGAGUCCAUGAGGGCAGGUAGCCUAUCAUACAGAGCCCAACCACUGCCACAGCGCUGAGUGUUAGCAGAGGAGAGUAUCAUCCCAGAAACUGAAUUAUGUGAUGUGAGUAGUGAUUAUCUGUAGAUUUAUUAUAUCAAACUGUAUUAAACAGCUAUCCUCAGCUUUAAUAAAGUUACUUUUAAAUGCCA